AUGAAUCCCGACUUUCUGGACACAGGCGCGAAGAAUGUGGUGCGUUCGCUGGCACUGCUCUUGAGGCAAUGGAACUUGGAAUAUCCCGCGAAUGUGUGCUGUAAGUACCACGCCGCCGUGAGCCUUGUGAUUUUUCUGCUCAACGGAGAGCUGCGUGCCAAGUGCAAGAACGAGUGGAUGCCGAACUCGGGCUGGCAAUGCGACCAUUGCAACAUGUUAUUUCCAGAGGACGUCGAACUUUGCGCCUUUUGUGCCACGGACGACAUUGAACAGGAGGCGGAGGAGCUGCCUCCAGAGUUCCUUGAGCACUUGGCUGACUUGGCAGGAAUCCGUCCACAGACGGCACCGCAAAGCCUGUGA